AUGGUGUGUUUGACCAAACUUUUCGCCGCCGUCUGUGUGACAGCAGCCACGGCAUCUGCAUCUUCCGAUGGAUUUAUGAUUUACCACAAAAACCAGCUUACCGUUGACGCCUGCGACACCAUUCUCGGUAAGACUGUCACACUUUAUGGUAAGAAAGAUAAGGCUGCCUACUGUAACGUUGACAACCAGCCUGCUUUGGGUUCGAUGGCCCACUGUUUAAAGCAAAUGCCAAACCCUAAGGCUGUUGGUGUCUUCUUGGAAGGCUGUUCUAAGUACAAAUUGACUGAGGAGCAGUUGUGGGAUGCAUAUGACAACGCUACCAGCUACUUGGUCACAAACACAUCCGCUGUUCCCGGUUUCAACAAGACCAAAUUGUUCAGUUUGCCUGUGAAGAUUUCUCAGAAGAAGAUUGACGGUGCUUACCACUCUGUCUUGCACCGUUACUACAACUACAACUACGCUCACUACUACAGUUGGGUUCUUCUUGCCUACUGGGGUGUGGUUGUUGUCAUUGCUGGUCUCUGUAGACUUGCCAAGUUUGCAUUCCCAGGCUUUGUCCACUCGUUGAACGGCAAGGUCUCCAACACCUACAGAAGAUACAUCACCUUGCCAGGAUUGUUCAACGGGAAGGUCAGCGAGCAUGCUACCCUUCUCAAAGCUAUCCAAUACGUGAUUCCAACUAGAUUGGAGACGAUCCUAAUAUUUAUUUGGUUCAUCUUGUGCGUGGCAUUUAAUGUGGCCAACUUCCAGCAUGAUGUUCCUAACCCUAUCUGGCCAAAGAAGGAAGUCGAGAUGGGUAGAAAAAUUGCCGACAGAACUGGUGUCAUUGCCAUCUACAUGGUUCCCCAGUUGGUUUUGUUUGCCGGUAGAAACAACUUCAUGGAGUACAUUUCUGGCUGGUCUUACUCGAGAUUCAACCUUAUUCACCAGUGGUACGCCAGAAUCCUCUUCAUUGUCAUCAUUGUUCACGCUGUCGGUAUGACCCUCAAUGGUGUGGGUGCUGGCAAGUACGUGAGACGUAACGCGGAAAUGUACAUGAAGUUGGGUUAUGUUGCAACCAUUGCCGGUGCUCUUAUGAUGGCCCACUCGCUUUCGUUCAUCCGUCAAAAGAACUACGAGUUCUUUGUUCUUUCACACAACAUUUUGGCCAUCUUGUUCAUUGCAGGUACAUGGAUCCAUAUUGCCGACCACGCUUUCCAGCAGUACAUGUACGCUGCCACUGCUAUUUGGGCUUUUGACAAGUUUGCUAGACUCUGCAGACUCGCUUGGUUUGGUGUCAAGACCGCCGAGGUACAAUUGUUUGACGACGAGAACUUGAAAGUGAAGAUUCCACGUAACAAGUACUGGAAGCCAUUCCCAAUGGCCCACUGCUUCAUCUACUUCUUCCGCUCCAACUGUUUCUGGCAAUCUCACCCAUUCACAGUGCUUGACUCUGUGGUGGAGGAGCAGACAAUCACUUUCUACAUCAAGGUCAAGGGAGGCAUGCUGAGCAGCUUGUGUCAAUACUUGAGCCUGCAGCCUGAGCGUAAGGCCAGAAUCAAGUGUUCCGUGGAAGGUCCAUAUGGCCACAAGGCGCCUUUGCAGCACUACCAGGACGUCAUUUUCCUUGCUGGAGGUCGUGGUAUUCCAGGCUUGUACUCUGGCGCCUGGGACCUUAGCAAGCGUCAAGGUAACCAGAGAAUCAAAUUGUACUGGAUGAUCCGUCACUGGACCCUGAUUGAGUGGUUUUACGAGGAGUUGCAGCGUUUGAAGGACACCACUGUGCAACCCAUUGUUUACGUGACACGUCCUGAGGAGAAUCUUGGCUCAUCGUUUGUUCAGUCUUUCGACGACACGGCGAGCGAGGAAAAGAAGAGUGAAGGUGAGGAUGUGGAUGUGGCUGCAGCAAUUCGCAGCCAAUUUUCAUUUGUGGAGUUCAGAGAAGGACGCCCCGAUGUGGAAGGCCUCAUCAAGGACGACAUUUCAGAGGCUCACGGCGCCGUUGCGUUUGUUGCUUGUGGUCACGGUUCGCUUGUUGACUACCUGAGAAAGGUUAUUGCUGGAAACUUGCCCGAGGGCAAAAGAGUGGAUUUCUACGACCAGAUGCAGACAUGGUAA